AUGGCGACUAAGACCCCCUCAGACGUUCAUCCCGGCAACCUCUUACUUGGCGCCAACGACAACUCCAUUUUCCAGAAGCUAGAGGAUGACGAAUUCGCAAGACCCAUCGCUCGCAAGCCGUACGAAGACAGAACCAACUAUCUUUCGCGCCUCAUGAAGCCCAAGUUCCGGAUUCUCACCACAGCUACUGCCCCUCGAGACGCUGUUCCAGGCAUGGGACCUGCUCCAAAGAAGGAUGCUGUCCGUCGCCGCGAGCGCUCCUCGGCCGACAUCGCAGCAGAGCGCUUAAAUACUGGGAUAAAGAUGGGCGAGUCCGUGCCUAUACCAAGAGAGAAGACCCUCGAGGCAGCAGAGGCCAAAAUUAGGGACAACACCAAGUUCCUGCAGUUCAUUCGACGCGCGCUGACCUGGGAUCCGAAGGCCCGUCCGACGGCGAAGGAGCUCUUGGGAGACCGGUGGGUCGAGGAUUAG